AUGCCGCUCUCCGACCGUCAGCAACGUGUACAUCACAAUGAUGUCAUCACGGAUCAACAUAUGGACCCCCUGCCUCGUACUCCAUCCCCACAGCAAUCAGAGCAUGAUGACCCGCCCCUUUUUAUUCCCUUUGAGACUGAACCUAACAAAGCAGGGCUCUACCGAAUUUACCCUACCCGCCCCAGUGUACACCCCACUGAAAAUACCCUUGAAAGUGUUACCGAUGCUCCGACACUUGCUGGAGGUGACCGGAUUCCCAGCUCCAGUCGGAUCACUGAGGGCUUGUCAUCUAAGGAGAUCAGUCAAGAUGAUCUCUACACAGCUUUCUCAAACCCCACUUCCGGCCUACUCAUGGCCUAUCAUUACUCCGGGACCGGCCAGCAGUCCGUCGCAGAGCUACAACGACUUACCACUUUCAUUGGUGAUCCGCUAUUCGAUCAUAGUGAUGCUCUCUCAUUU